AUAAUUAAUAAUGUAAAACUAUAAUUAUUAGCUGCGUGUAUUAGUAAUCGGUUGAAUUUUAACUGUUAAUAAAAUACUCAUCGCAACAAUGAAAUAAAUAAGCGUGCAAUUAGUAUAAUGUACAACUACAUAAUACUUGGCUGUUUGUAUUAGUAAUCGGAUGAAAUUUCAAUUUCGACGAAUAAACAUACGUACACACAAACGAUUACCCUCCUUUUCACACCUGUCCACGCGUGCGGCUUGCGCUUGCGUAAACGCGCAAACCCCGCGCGAAACCCCGAGCGCGUUCCGAAACUCAUCGUCUCGGCUUUCCGCCGUCUCGGGCGUACACAAUUACACACGCGCGCUCGUGGAUGGUCGCGUGUGGGUGGUCGCGUGGUGCUCGCCUAUUGCCGUGCGGCGUGGCCGCUCUGCGUGAUACCCGGAGUUGCUGCCGUAGAAUGCGGUAGAAUGUGACGCGCGUGGUGCGGACGCCGCGGGGAUUUCAGCAUCCGCGAGUUUCGCAAACGGUAAUCGCGCCGCGCCGCGCCGCGUCGCCUCGCGUCGCCACGCUCCGCGUCAUCGCGAAGAGAGGGAGAGUGGGCGGAUCGCGUCUCGUCCGCGCGGCUCGACGGUCGCGCGUCCCGAUUUGACGGCGCGGCUCCAGGAUGCUGCGGUUCCUGUCGCGACGGAGGGCGCGCGGCGUCGGCGGCCAAGUGUCGCAGAUCAAGAACCAGAGGCUGCCCAGCAACAAGAAUGUCGUGCAAUGCAGAGUGGUCUUGCUGGAUGGCACGGAUCUGCCCAUAGAGCUGUCGAAAAAAGCGCUGGCUAACGACUUGUACGAGCAAGUAUUCUAUAGCCUCGAUUUGAUCGAGAAGGAUUACUUCGGACUCCAAUAUACAGAUAGCAAUAACGUCCAACAUUGGCUGGAUCCAACGAAACCUAUCAAAAAGCAAGUUAAAAUCGGGCCGCCGUAUACGCUUAGAUUGAAAGUAAAGUUCUACUCCUCGGAACCGAACACGCUGCGCGAGGAGCUGACGCGGUACCAGUUCUUCUUACAAUUGAAACAAGACUGCCUCGAAGGCAAGCUCCACUGUCCUCAUCAAGUCGCGGUCCAGUUAGCCGCUCUGGCUCUUCAAUCCGAACUGGGCGAUUACGAUCCCGUUAUGCACAGCGCCGCGACCGUGUCGGAAUUCCACUUCGUGCCGAGCCAGACGGAGCAGAUGGAGCUGGAGAUCCUGGAGGAGUACAUCAAGUGCUCCGGUCUCACUCCGGCACAGGCGGAAUCGGCGUAUCUCAGCAAGGCCAAGUGGCUGGACAUGUACGGCGUCGACAUGCACACCGUCCUUGGCAAGGACGCUUGCGAGUACUCUCUAGGCUUGACCCCGACCGGCAUACUUGUCUUCGAGGGCACGCAGAAGAUCGGCCUGUUCUUCUGGCCGAAGAUCGGCCGUCUGGACUUCAAGAAGAAGAAGCUGACGCUGGUGGUCGUCGAGGAGGACGACGAGGGCAGGGGCGAGCAGGAGCACACCUUCGUGUUCAGGCUGGUGAACGAGAAGGCCUGCAAGCAUCUGUGGAAGUGCGCGGUGGAGCAUCACGCCUUCUUCCGUCUACGCGCGCCGGUCAAGGGCGCCAGCGGCCGUCAAAACUUCUUCCGCAUGGGCUCGCGUUUCCGUUACAGCGGCAAGACGGAGUUUCAGACGACGCAGUUGAAUCGGGCGCGCCGCACCGUGCAAUUCGAGCGACGGCCGAGCCAGAGGUAUGCGCGACGGCAAAGUCACGUUCUUCGCGAACGGCAGCGUCAGCAGCAGCAAGUGGAGCAGCCGCAGCCAUCUCCGCCUCCGGCCGACGAAGAACCCUUGCAGCGUCAGCCGAGUCGAUCUAGUACAAAGUCUUCGGACUCCUCGAGCGUUCAGGGUACGUCGUCGCCUUUGGUGGAUUCCCUGCUCAAGUCCCUUGCCAAAGAUCAACAACCACUGGAGGCCAGGAACCAGGCGACGGCCGGCAGCAGCGAGAAAGAGUCGGAGCCUAUGAAGACCAGCCUGACGGUCGAGACUAUCGCCAAUCAGGUGCAGCUGGUGCCCAAUAAUCAAGUGGGCGGCACGUCGUCGUUACCACCGCGAACGCCGAUCCCGCCGGAAUCCCUUAAGUGUAAUAUAUUGAAGGCGACUCUCGAGCAGGGAAAGAACUCGAAUUUGGUCUCCAUCACGUCCACGGACGGCACUGGAGUGACCGCGAAGAAGAAUCAACACUCGGAUGCGGCGACUAUCGUUUCCGUGGGCGGCGACAAGCUGACUCUCUCCGUGAGCGGAGCGACGACAGCGGUGAAUCCCGUGGACGACGCCGUAACUGUGACGCAUUUUUCACUGGACAGUUGGGGACAGAUCGAGCAAAAGACCACGCCGUUAAGUCCGAAAGUGUCGAACCAGUCGCAGAAUCCUUUUAAUCCGUUCACUAACGAUACUAGCAAUGACGCGUCUAACACGGCCGAGGCUUCCGAGGAGGAAGCGAAAUCGGAAGACGACACGAAGAAGAAUACCAAUCCGUUCAUAGACUCGAAUCCGUUCCUGGGCAUACUCAACCCCUUCAAAGAUUUACAACCGGUUACGACAGAGAAAAAAGUCGAGGCGGAUACAGAAAAAGCCAGUGCGCGGGUUGUUAAAACCGAGGAGAUACAAACGACCACUACGACACUUACACACAAGGACGAGAGUCAAGCGGCGUCAGACAUUAGUCCCUGGCUGGUAGCGGACCCGUCGCAAAGCCCAGCACCUGAUCAAACACCAACUAAGCAUACAAUAAUCACGAGAAAGACGGUAAUUACCACACAGUUAUAAAAUAUUUAUUAAAUAUUACAAAGGGGAAAUAAUGUCGAUGUGCAACGCGCGAGAAAAUAGCACCAACGUAUAUAUACACACAUAUUUACUUUGGUCUUCCUCGAACUGCCAACAUCUUUCCCUCUUUUUUUUUUUACUUACUUUACGAAGUGCGCGAUGUUAAUCAUGACAAUUACGACGAUUGUGACAAUUAAAGUUGGACAUGUAAAAGCCUACAUGUUAAAAAAAUAGUUUUUAUGAAAGGGUCCUAAGAUGUGUACUUAAAUAUAAAAACAGAGUACUAUUUUUAGGAAGGCAUUGCUUAAGUCACUGCUAGGAUAUCUUUCUGUCGGUUAAUAUCGUUUUAUAUGCCGACGGAGAAUUUGCGUAAUGAGAUAAGCUUUCUGUUGAUAGCGUUAUCGCGAACAUUCCUUAAUUGUACGAUGCAUUUACUUUAUGCUUUAUGUGGUGAUAAGACAAGUGUCCUUAUAAUCUGCCAACAUGUAUAACAAAGUGCAUAUACGAGGUCUAUUCGCGUUAAACACACUAUUAUUAUGUUUGUUUUUCUUUUUGCAAUUUUAUAUUUCUACCUGCACAGGACAAAUGUACUUCGUUUUCUUUAAUUAUGGAAAGUAAUAGAGCGCAGCUAAGACGAACAGACCUACAUAUUUCGUGAGGCAACGUGUAUUGCUCGCGUCUAAAUAUAAAGCCUAUGCAUUUAUAAGGUAGCACUUUUAUAUUAGCAGCCAUUGUGCCUUUCAAUUUAACGUGCGAUAGAUGAAUUUGCGAAUAUUAAAAACGAAAAAAUUAUAUUCGCUGUGACUGAUUAAAAAUAUAAGUAUUACAUUCCCGUUAUACAAUAUCGUAUAAAUUAUAUAAAUAAUCGCUAAUAAAUAGACUUGACCAAAACUUUUGAGAACACUUUUGUCAGUAAAGAUAUUAUAGAUUCGCUAAUUAGUCAGGUCAAUUGAUGACGUUGAUUCUAUCCACUCCUUUUGAGAUUUAAUGUAUUUAUGUAUUAUAACGAUGACAAUAAUCGAUAGGUAAACAAAGAAUUGAUACGCGAAUCAUCGCCAGUCUUAGGUAAAACACAACUCGUGCCUGAAACAUGCAGCUAUAGAGAUGUUCGUAUUUACUAUUCCAUGCCUAUGAAACUAUGAAAUCGAAUUUUUAUGUAUAUAUAACAGAGUAUAUAUAUAUAUGUAGAUUAUUAUCCUGAGAUAUUUUUUCGUAAUUUGUUCCUUUCUCUCUCAUACUCUUCUUUCUAUAUGCCAUAAUUUUGAUACGCAUCAAAAUAGAUACACGUGUAUAUCAUGUGUAUAUCACCACGCUAUGUCAUUAUUUUAUAUGUAUGUAUAGAGGAUGUUCCAGUUCAAACGUGUAUGAUUUUAAGAUUCCAUUAUCGCGUGUAACGAGGACAUAGCUGUUGCUUAUAAAGUGAUAUGACGUUUUUACAUAACACUUAAUACAAACAAUGCAUUGAAUUACGAGCGGAACCAUCCCUGUAUUUAAUUAUCAUGCAAUCAUUUGUUACAAUGGGAGGAGGCAGCGCUUGUCCUCCUUUCAAUUGGUUCAAUUUUAUGUUGCGUUUCCGUAAGUCUAAGUGUAUUGUAUACAGUAUUUAACAUUAUUGCAAUGUAUUGUAUUUGAUUAAAUAUUAUUGUAUUUAGAGUCAAGAAAUGAGCGUAUAUAUAUAUUGUAUUUUCAAAUCUAAUAUAUCUACCAUCAUAUGUAUAUGUAUAUAUGUAUACAUAUAUAUAUACACAAUAUUAUAAUGAAUGAUCAAUACCCUGAUGUAUUCCGUCCUAAAGUGUCCUACACAUUCGAUAUUAUGUAGUUAUAAUUUUUGUCUUUUAAUAAAAUAAAUAUAUCAUUAAUACAUUGCUUAUGUUUCCGUGAUUAUUAAUGCAAUAUAUUGUAUUAAUUAAUAAUUGGAGAAAGAAGAAGUAUACCGAAAUUAACGAAGAAAUACUAAUUGUAAGUCGAUUAUAUUCCACCUAAUGAAAAAUGUCCAUACUGCAAUAUUCUAAUAAAAGUCUUUAUAAAAA